AUGCUUGGCCAGGAUGCGGCGGUUCUAUUCGUGGUCCUGGGAGGGGGGUUCUCUGAUGGGAUAUUACCGUGCCCUCUCUUUCCCCUGACCCAUCCUGCUUCCCCUUCACAACCCACUCUUACGGGCGAGGUUCCAACCACAUUCCUCCUCUCCGCCUCAUUCCCUUCCCCUCAUCAUCCGCCCUCCCAGCGGUCGCCAGGUGGCAAAGGAGCAGCAACAGCAGGAGCUCACGAGAGCGAGGGAGGAGGACAGUCGGGUCGCCAGGUGACAAAGCAGCAGCGGCAGCAGGAGCUCACGAGAGCAAAGGAGGCGGGGCGAUGCUCGGCCAAGUUGGGGUUGUUCAACUCGUGGUCGUGGGAGGGGGGCUUCGCGGACGGGUUCCUAGCGUGGGAGCCGCAGCCUGAUAAAUACAUUCUCAUGGACUGCCAGCGGAAUCAGGUGUCCAACCGCAUUCGCUGCAUCCGCAACUACCUCAUAGUGGCGGGCGUUCUCAACCGCACGCUGGUGGCGCCGUUCCGGCCGGCCGAAGUGAACGGCAGCUACGACCGGCGCGUGUUCUUCGACCUGACCCACGCUUUAACUUUCACAGAUGCUAACUUGCCUCCGGAUCACUCGAUCAACAUCACAGAUAUCAAGAAGAUCGGGGAUUUGAUCUUCCCGUCGGCUGAUGUGAUUGCGAUGGGGGAUCUGGGUGCGUCGCUGUUUGAUGAUGCUUUUCACAAGGAGAUUGACGUGCCGUUUUUUCGACGCCCGGGCUGCCCGAAUAAACUGGCGAUUCAGCCCCACCCGGCGAUCUUUGAAGCUGCCAGCCGGUUUGUAUCGGAUGUGAUUCUAAAGGGGAUGAAUAGCAGUGCAGCAGAGAGCAGCAGGGGAGGGGAGGAGCAGGGCAACAACACAGCAGCUGAGGACACGCUACCAUCAGCCAUUGCUGCUGCCGGUGGGAAUACCACCACUACUAGUACCAGCGGUAGCAGUGGUAAGAAUGCGGGGAAACAGUAUCGCUACAUGGCGAUUCACUGGCGGCGAAAGGACCUGGUUACCAGCUUUCAGGACUCAGGCUCGCACCUCACAAUCAACCGCACCGCCAGAUGCAUCGCCGACCGCAUGGCAAGAUCCGGCAAUCUCAGCACCGUUUUCCUAGCCACUGACGCCGAACCUGCUGAGGUGGCGGAAUUGACCGGAGCAGUUUUGUCCCUCAGGCCGGACCUGCGGCUGAUGCAGCUUUCGCCGAACCUGGACGCGCAGGCUUGGGCGCAGGUGCUGCUGCCGUACCGGUUUGAGCAUGCGGGGGUGGUGCGGGUGACGUUAGACAAGGCGGUGUGUGCGCUAGCAGACGUGUUUCUUGGGACUGCUGCGUCGUCUUUUUCUGAGGACAUUCAGCGAAUCCGGACGGGGUUGAGAGUGGCCACAUGUGAAGACCAGAUGUUGUGCGAAGACGAGCUCUAG